AUGAAGCUCCCCGAGCCCAAAGUCGCUUUGGACAACAUCUGCUCGGUCAUUUACAAUAACGUUCUCUACACAUAUUCCUCCGGUGCUUUCCAGUCGCUGUCGCUCGAAGAAGGGGCCCAAUGGAAGACCUUGGCGCAAGGCGAGGCAGUGACGGGUGCCGUCUGCGUGGGCUCCAACCCCACGGAUGCUAGCAAGGCCGGCUUGUACAUUGUAGGAGGCAAGGGCACGUCAACAGAUUACCACGGACUUCAAAAGUUCACCUAUGCGACAGGAAAGUGGGAGUCCAUCGCACCACAGGACCACGUCACGCAGGACCGCCUUCUCCAUGGAGCAACAUAUCUCCCCGGAACGGACCAGAUCAUCAUGUACGGCGGGAGUCAGGAUGGCUACUCGGGUCCUUCGACGCAGACUUUUGUUGUCGGAGCGUCCGCGCCUUACAGCACCCGAGCCUACGAAUCAUCAGCACCACCUGUCGUAAACCCCAUCGUCUUGACAUGGUCUGACACCCAAGCCGUUGUCGUUGGAGGCAGCACGACAAAUAGCAAAGUUAUGCUCUUCAACCCGGACACGAAAUGGAUUGAUUCGGGUGCGACUCUCGGGGAACCCUUACUGAAGGACACGACUGCGAUCCGCGCAAUUAUCAUGAAUGGAGACGACGGAAGCAAGAGCUUGUACACCUUUGACCUUUCCGUCACGCCCAACGUGGUCAAGCGCAUGGUUCUUAUCGAUGCGGCCGGCGCACCUGUGACCAACUCCCAAGCGGUUUCGAAGGCAAAGGCGCGCAGCGUGACGGGCGAGAUUGAAAAGCGCGCAUCUCUGACCCUGAGCGACUGGCCCGCUUACAACAGCACCCUGGCGCCCACGGGCACACGAUCCAACUACGCUCUUGCUCAGGGUUCCGAUGGGACCGUCGUUUUCUCGGGAGGAUCAGGUGCUGUCGACGAUGUUCUCUGCAUCUUCAACGCGCGUCAGAACAGCUGGGAAGAUGCCGCUCAAAAGUUGAACGAGCAGGAGGUUCUCGCCACAAGCGAAUCGACAAGCAGCACCACUGCGAGCUCAACCGCAACGAGCUCCAGCUCCAAGUCUAGCACUUCGGCCAGCUCCAUGUCUACUCUUCCUGCCUCGGCGUCAGCCUCUGCAUCCGCAUCCGCAUCCGCAACUCUCUCCGCCUCUGCGUCUUCUUCUGCUAGCUCCGAGACGGCUGCUGCUGCUGGAGCUCCCGCCGCAGUCAGUGCCAACGCCAUCCUCGGCAUCGUUCUUGGCACCAUUACCGGUAUCAUGAUUCUCCUUGGCCUGAUCCUCUUCUGCAUCCGUAAGCGUCGUGGCAAGAACCAGCAAAACGUGGAGGGCGGCCAGGACCCGAGAGGCAUGAGCCCCAGGGGAUUCCCCGAUGAGAAGGCUGGACUUGGAUACGGCAACGACGAAUUCAACUCCGGUCCUCACUUCCGUGGUCAUCAGCAACAGGACUCAGCUGGAUCAUUCUCCUCCAUGGCGAUCUUGAUGGGCAAGGUCAACGGCGGCAACGUACCCAAGUCUGCCGGUGUUGCUCGCAGCGGAAGCAAGCGCGACACCUCCAACAGCUUCUUCAAGAGCACCAUUAGCAAGCCCCUUCCCCAAAUGAAUGAGGCACCGGCCCUCGCACCCCCUUCCCGCGAUGAGAAGGGUGUCUCGUUCGCCGCCGACGUGGUUGAGCCUCGCCCUACCCCUCGAGGAGCUCCCGUCGGUCGCGCUGGAGAGACGCGCAGAAGCUCUGGCUGGAACCGUUACUGGUCAGGCGGCAGCGCGCUCAACAUCCUCGGAUUUGGCAACUCGAAGCGGACAACCGUUGACUCGGAGACCUCUCACUACUCGAACACUACCAAGAACCGCAUCACGCAAGACUCUGCCACAGUCCCUCCUCUGCACCUCAUCACCCAGGACCUAUCCACUGUUCCGCCUAUUCAGCACGAUGGCCGGCCAGAACUGAGCCGUGUCGUCUCUGGCAGCCCUACAGUGUCAAACUACUCGAACCAGAUUCCCUUCCGCGAUGGAGUCUCUGGCAAGAUCGAAUCUCAUCAAAGACCCACGUCGAACGCAUCUUCCGGAUACUCGAGCGGUAUUCCCGAGAGUAUUCGGGAUACAUGGGAUCCUACCGGCCCUUCAAGGCCCUGGGGUGCGGACCGCGCUCCAAGCAGUGUUUACGCCGAGAGCCUCUACCCUACGUCGCUGGCUCCAAGCCUCCCGCAACGGCAAACGCAGACCAGUGCUCCCAACGGUGUUAGUCAACAGCCUCCCCUAGCCCUGGCAGCAACCUCUUCAGACAUGAGCUGGUUGAACCUUGGCGAGAUCAACAAGCAAAACCAAAACCGUCGCUAG